GUUCAGAGGUCAACACUCAAUCACUGAGCCACGCCAGCCGAGCUAUUAUAGAAAGUUUUAUAAGAGAUAUUUGGCAAAGAUAAGAACACAGAUAAUGAAUAGUAUUAAAUGCUCGGGAAACUCAAAUGAGUUAAGGACUAAGUUUGAGGACUUUUUUUUUUUUUUUUUUUUUUAAACAAUUAAGAAGACUUUGCUGACCAUAAUAUGAACAGCUUCAAUGGAAUACUCCCCUUGGAUUAAGGAUUGAAUAAGUGUAGGCCUUUGAGACCCCUUUAGUGUUAAAAUGGGAAGAUGUUAAAGCUUGGCCGUUGUGACUACUAAGACUUAAUUUCAUGUCCGUACUUGUUUCUAGAUGUGUGAAUGUCCCUGUUUUAAGUUGUUAUCUUGGGAGAUUUAUCUAGCACCGAUGUUGGUGUUAAUCAGAUACUGAAUGCUCCAGUACGGUGUGAUACAGUCGGAACAGCUGGUUCGAUGCCCAGAACUGAACGCUGUGCUCCAGCUGUGGCCUCACCGGUGCUGACUAGAGAGGAAGAGCCACCUUCAUAGCUUACAUGUGAUUCCUCUGCUUAUACCACCCAAUGCUGGAUUUACUUACUUUGGCAAGAUAGCUGCAUUGUGCGCUGUAUUUAAUGUUCCGUGUGCUGUAACCCUGGGUCUUUCUCUGCAUUGCUGCGUGAAACCCCCACCCCGCCCAUCUCAAACCCCUGCCUCCGUUUACCUGCCCCCCCCACCCCCGUAGACUCCCCUUACAUUCAUCCACAAUGAAUGUCAUCUUUAUUCUCUCGUUUCUUUUCCGUCUGAUCUUAAACUUGGGCAAAACUUCCCCUCUACCAAUUGUCGGUUGUCAGCCUUCUUAUUUGUCUUUCUGCUUUGGUAACGGGACACCUUUCAAGUCUUUCCUCUGGUCCUUUUCCUCCUGUGGUCCUGGUACAGUUGGCACGGGGGACUUAGUGAGCAUCCGCCUGGCAUUGCCUGGCGAUCAAAUAGCUGAGAAGUCCUCUGGUUUGACCACCGACUCAGGUUGUUACCUACGCUCUCGGGCCUCCGUUCAGGUUUCCUUAACCCCUCCUGCCUCCAUCCCUGUGGCCUCACUCAGGAGGCCCUGUAUCUCACAGUCUUCCCCAGGGAGGGCCAGAGGCUUGUUUACCAUGGACAUUUCUGACAAGCGUCCCUCUUAAUUGUGAUUAGAAUGGUCUUUAAUCAUUUUUAGCAAAUUCUUCCCCCCCUUCCCCAAGAUAUUGGUUGUUGUGGUUUUUUUUUAAAUGUUAGAGCUUAAAAAAAACAAAAGAACUUAAGUCACUAUAAAUUUCUCAGGAGUGAGGUAAGGGAAGAAGGAAGGGAAGCCAGGCGAUGGAUUGUUCUGAGCAGGAAACAGGAACUGGCUCUCCAGGAAAAGCUAAGGCGAGGUCCUCGCAGGGUCUGGUCAGCUGUCAGGAAUGGGAGGCGAGACUUUGUUCUUUCUAGAUUCUGGAGCACGGUCUUACCUUCAGACUCAGAGCAGGUGUUUACGCUGGGCUGUGAGGGACUCUAGAUACGGUUGUGUAAGGGCAUGCUUUGGUGAACCAUGGAGAGUGUGCAAGGUGUGACCUGUCUGACUUAGGGGAGAUUGGUGAGGACACCUCAUGUGUCCUUUUUGAGUCAUUUCCAAAUCCCUCUGGUUUCUUACAGUAGCCGUCAAGCUGAAGUUUGAGCUCUUACUUUUUUUCCUAUGCCCUAUUUCAAUAGCUUCUCCUUAGAUCUGUCAUCUUUGCUGAACCUAGAAGAUACCUCAUAUGUAUUUAUGUUUUGAGAGUUAAAAUCAAUCUGGAAAUCUUUUUAACAUUUUCAGUACAUCACGUUUUAUCAUAACGAUAAAAUUUUCUCUGGUCACCAAGCAUUUUUCCUUCAGACCCUACUAGACGCUUUGCAUACCAGCAUAUUAACUAUUAAAGCGUAUCUCACAAGAACACUGCAAGGCGAGACAUAGACCGUAAAACGCAUCAUCUGACGGAGCUUCCACAUUGGCGACCGUUAGAUGUGGCUGGUUUUCUUAUUCACCGUCUCACAGUGAGUGUGAGCUCACUUCGGUGCUUUCAGAGGAAGUGAAUCCUCCCUGUGGUUUCCCCCUGGAGGGCCAGCCACAGUGGCCUUGUUCGCGCCCAGGUCGCAGCCCGGUAAGCGUGGCCCCUUCCUUCAAAGGAACAUCAGCUGUGUCCCCGCCUUCGGAACCACCCUCAGUGGCAGCCAACUGGCCCCUCUCGUGCUGGGUGCUUUUCGCAGCAGCCAGGCAGUGGCGGCACGGUUCUCACGUCCAUUUAUGGCCCUGGAGGGCGAGAGGGACACGGCCGGGACUCUCCAUGUACGGUCCUUGAGGAGUCGGGAAGCGUGGUCGGGUGUUCUUGGAGGCAGCAACGAGACAUUGUGAGAUAAAAAUAAAUCGCAGGAGAUGUUUGCGAUUCCAGUUCCAGUGCUGCCAGGAGGACGGAGAGCACGGGGGCGAGAGCAGAGUCCACGAGCUCUGGGAGGCAUCUGUGUCCUUCCCCUGAAGGCUGCCCGGGACCCCCCCAGUUCUCUAAGAGCUGUGUGCUUGUGUGACCGUCCCUUAGGAAGAGAAAGCCCAGUUCUUUGAGGCAUCAGUGGAGGCACCAGAAGAGAAUCGAGAGAGGAAGAGGGAGGAAGGUGCUCAGGCAGGGGGCAGGCUGGCCGGUUUGGGGACAGGGUGAUGCUGACCACCACUCUAUGUCUGAGGAAUAUCCUCCUAAGUGUCAUGCUCUUAUGAUUCCCUCUGCCCAUCCGGGUUUCUGGCGUCAAGAGAAGAUCUGCAAAGUAUCUUCACUGAACUUUCAUGGAGGUUCUGUCAAGGCUUCUGAGUUGUUUUAGUUCGGUGAGAACAGGUGAUGUGUUGGCUUAUGGGACGUCAUCUCACAUCUAGGAGACAGUCAUGGUCUGGCAAGAGCACGCACGGAAGUCGGAGGUGACCUGCUUUUGCGCAGGCGUGUUAGCAAGUGUUUAGGAGCCACCAGAGGAAAAAAGGGUUUUUGUCUCAAGGAAACUCUCAGAGUGAAACCCAGUCAAGCAGAAGGAACAUGGAGGCAGAGAUGGGAUAGAGACUGAGAGCAACUAAACUAAAUUUGGAAGCUGGGACCAAGUCCUUGAUUUAGCUUUUGCAAUAUCGUUCAACUGAGGAAACUGGCUGAUAAUACGCACUACGCCUUAGAAGACCCUGCAGACAAUGGAAGGGCUGUCUGUGUGAGAUAAUGAAGUCAUCCAGGCUUUCUGUGUGGACUUGCAGGAUGGUAUUUCUAUGCUGUGCGUUGGAAGGCAGAGAGAUAAAUGAAAUAACACCCCUCCACCUCACUUUCCCCCAAAAAGAAAUUAGUGGCUUCACUUGCUGUUUGUUGGGCUGGCAGUUUGAGUUGAUGGAAUAGACUAGUCUUACUGGAUGAGUUUUAGAUUAGGUGUACUGUUUCUUGAUUAUGGAUGUUUGAGACUGGAAGUCAGCAGCAUUAUUGAUUUGACCUCUCUUAAAUUUUAGCCACUUCCCCAAAGACAGGGUGAGUUAGUGAGGAGUAUGGACUCUUGAGUGAUACGGUUCACUAGUGGAUUCAUUUAGGGGAUUGUUUUUACCCUGUCUUCCUUCGUAAGAGUAAGGAAGGUGAUAGUCUUUGCUUCAGGGAACUCUCCUUUCUGUCCUCCCUCCCUCACUUUUCCCCAAUUCUGGCCCCAAAGCAGCUCUAUCUCUUCUGUGGCAGGUGUGCAUCCUAUUGGCUGGCUGGUAUUUCUUGUUUUCUUUUUUUUUUCUUCUUAUUUUUAAGUGGGGGAGGGGGUAUAAAAUAUGUGUAUGGGGUACAUGCAAUAAUGUUGUAAUAAUUAUUGUUUAAUUGAUAAUUAAUUGCAAAGUAAUUGUUUGAAUGAUAACGUGUUUUGAGUAAAUGCUAAAUUAGUAAAUUUUUUUUUCUAAUAUAAUAAUGAAUUUGAAAUGUAGCAUUCCUGUAACAAUGUGUCUCUGUUUGUCUGUCUGUGUCUGUCUAAUAGUAAUUAAUAUCUGUGGUCCGUACCUGGAAGAGGAAGGACAGCUUUAAAGGAAUAACAAAAGACUUUGUGUCUUAGACCCUUCGCAGGUGUUACAGUCGGGUGAAAGAACAUGGUGUUGGGAAAAGAAAGAGCAGUUACACAUUUGAACAGUUGGAACAGGUGUUUGGUCAGGGAGGAUGGGAUGCUCAGCCCUGCCAGCCUGUACUUAUUAACAGUAGUGGCUUGUACCAGGAGCUGGAGUCAGAUGGCAGCACUAUGGAGGAGUAUUCACAGGAGGACUGGGGAAACCACAGUCAGGAUCUCCAUGGCUACCCAACAGAUCAGGAAUUGGAUGAAAUACCUGUCACAAAGAGAACAUUAAAAAUAAAACAAGAGUCUUCUGAUGAAGCACAGAAGAGAGACAACAUGCAGAACAUCGUCCAGAUUUUGGAAUCGGUGCAGUUGAAAUGGGAACUGUUUCAGAGCUGGACGGACUUCUCAAGGCUUCAUCUUUCUAACAAACUGGCCAUCUUCGGCAUCGGCUACAACACCCGCUGGAAAGAGGAGAUCCGCUACCAUCAUGCCGAGAUCAGCUCCCAGGUGCCCCUGGGCAAGCGCCUCCGGGAGUACUUCAACUCCGAGAAGCCCGAGGGCCGGGUCAUCAUGACCCGCGUGCAGAAGAUGAACUGGAAGAACGUUUACUACAAAUUCCUGGAGAUCACCAUUAGCGAGGCCCGGUGCCUGGAGCUGCACAUGGAAAUUGACUGGAUCCCCAUCGCCCACUCCAAACCAACCGGUGGCAACGUCGUGCAGUAUUUAUUGCCGGGAGGCAUUCCCAAGAGCCCGGGCCUGUACGCCAUCGGCUAUGAGGAAUGUCUGAAGAGGCCCUCCUCCCCCCACGGGCAGCAGAGCUCCCUGGACCCGGGAAAGGAGGGCAGGGGUGACCUGGAAGCCCUUUCGGCACCAGCCUCGUUACAGGCAGAGGCAGAACCCGCGCGGAUCACCUACUGCUACCUCGGGAUCGCCGAGGUCAGGACCCUGCAGCAGUGCUUGUUUUUACACUUCCAAGCCAACACCAAGACCUUCAGCAAGGACUGGGCUGGGAUCAAUGGGUUUUUGUCUCAGAACUGCAUUGUGGAUCCCGGAGUCUCCCCCAAAUCCAUCUACAUCAAGUUUGUGGAAGUAGAGAGGGAUUUCCUCUCCGCGGGCUCUUUAGUCGAGUGCCUGGAAAAAGCCAUCGGGUACCGCUUAAAAUUUAACAACUGAGUGUCAUCCUUCAUAAGGAUCCCGGCUCUUACCUCCCUCUUCUCACUGCCUGUGACCCAGACUGUCCCUCACGCAGAUGCUGCCAUCAGACUCUCCAUGGAAACUCUUUCCACCGCUGGGCCAGUACAACCCGCAAAGGAUCACACGAGACUUUGAGCAAACAACACAGACCUCACCUCCAAAUGCUCACUUUGAGCAAAUGAGAUUUACAGCGAACUUGCAUGGUGGGUCGACUGUUUUUUUUUUUAAAAAAAAAAAAACAUUUUUAAAUGGGUAUUAGAGCCCUAAUAUAAACAAACAUAGGUACAUUCCAUAUUGGACAAAACUUAUACUUUGAGUUUCAUAUAAAAUUGAAAAAUUUUGUAUUUUUUCCACGACGUUUCCUUUUUACACAUCUCUAUGUCUCUACGUAAGUAUUAUUUACAACCCUGAAUAAAUAAGCAAUAGAUAAUGGCAAGUUAAAUCUCAAGUCACAGUCAAUAAGACUGUUUUUCAAUAUCACCUUUAGCUACGAUUGUAUAUAGUUUCAUUUUUUCACCAGCCAAGUGUUUUGCUAUUCCCAAUCAGUGUUGCCUGCAAAGACCUCUGUUUCUGUGAUGUACCAACUUGACGGUUGUGUUGCCGUUUAAACUUUUUUUUAAAAAAAAAAAUUAAAAUGAUUCCUGGCC